AGGUUCGAAGUCACCUGACUGGGUGAAGUCAGAGAUCCGAUUCCGAUAAACAAAUCCAGCCCGCACCGCUGAGCGCAUUGGAGUCAAAACCGACCCGUCUCUUUCUUCUUCUGACUUUCCCCCUCUAGCUCCUCUGAUGUCCUCGUCUCGUUCUGCACUUCUGCGUCCCAAAAUCUAGCGAUUCAGCGCGAGAGAGGUCUUGCUUCUUUUGUUCUUGCAACAAUUUCUCUUUGUGAUCAGUGCUGAGCAUGCGUGUUCUUCAUGCAACUUCGCAAGGUGGUGUGAGUUUUGGCAAGAAUUCCUCGUCGGGACCUUGCAGUUUUUCAUGCCCUGCUGGAAAAGAGACCCCUUUCCCGAUCCCGCCGCCACCUCCCGCCGGAGAUGGGAGACUGCUGCUGGUUGUUCCACUUCUUGCUCAUAUCCGUUCUGCUCCACGUCCAUGGCGCCCAAUCCCUGAACCAGACGUGCCACCCCACUGACCUGAAGGCCCUCCUUGCUUUCUCCAAUGCCUUGGACAGGAAGGGCGCCGGGCUUGUGGGAUGGGGUGCCGACGCCGCCGCCUGCUGUUCCUGGACCGGCGUCACCUGCGAUCUUGGCAGGGUGGUCGGGUUGGAUCUCUCCAACAAGAGCCUCCAUGGCGGCAUCUCCUCCUCGGUCUCCUCCCUCGAUGGCCUCGCGACGCUAAACCUCUCCCGGAACUCGCUUCGUGGCCCGGCGCCGGCGGAGCUCGGCCGGCUCGCGAGGCUGCGGGUGCUCGAUCUGAGCGCGAACGGGCUCUCCGGCCCGUUCCCAGCGAGCGACUUCGGCUUCCCGGCCAUCGAGGUGGUCAACAUAUCCUUCAAUGCCUUCAACGGGUUGCACCCUGCUUUCCCCGGCGCGGUGAACCUGACGAUUCUUGAUGUCUCCGGCAACGCCUUCACCGGUGGCAUCAACGCAACCGCGCUCUGUGUUGCGCCGGUCGAGGUUCUGCGGUUCUCGGGGAAUGCGUUCUCCGGUGAGGUCCCCGGCGGCUUUAGCCUGUGCAAGGCUCUCGCCGACCUCUCUCUCGAUGCCAAUGGCUUGACUGGGAGCAUCCCCGACGACCUUUACACGAUGCAGAAAUUGAGGAGGCUGAGCUUACAGGAAAAUCAGCUAUCCGGUAACCUCGGCAAUUCCCUUGGUAACCUCUCUCAGCUUGUGCAGCUUGACCUGUCCUGUAACUGGUUCACCGGCUCCAUCCCUGAUGUGUUUGGAGGUAUGAGGAGGCUGGAGUCCAUAAACUUGGCCUCCAACGGGUUCAGUGGCGAAUUGCCUGCUUCCCUGUCGAGGUGCCCAAUGCUGAGGGUAAUCAGCCUAAGGAACAACUCGCUGUCUGGUGAGAUUGCUAUUGACUUCAACUUGCUGCCAAGGCUGAACACUUUUGAUGCUGGAACCAACAAUCUGAGUGGUGCUAUACCUCCUGGCAUCACGGAUUGCACCGAGUUGAGGAUGCUGAACCUUGCAAGGAACAAACUUGUGGGGGAGAUUCCAGAGGGCUUCAAGGAUUUGAGAUCCCUGUCAUACCUCUCACUGACAGGGAAUGGCUUCACCAACCUGUCGUCGGCAUUGCAAGUCUUGCAGCACCUGCCCAACCUGAUGAGUUUGGUGCUCACCAGGAAUUUCCGUGGUGGUGAGACAAUGCCAGUGGAUGGUAUCAAUGGGUUCAGGAGCAUGCAGGUGCUUGUCCUGGCAAACUGUUUACUCUCAGGCAUAAUUCCGCCUUGGCUGCGGAACUUGGAGAGCCUCAGUGUGCUGGACAUUUCAUGGAACAAGUUAAAUGGGAAUAUCCCGCCAUGGUUAGGGAGUCUGAACAAUCUUUUCUACAUUGACCUGUCAAACAAUUCUUUCAGCGGGGAGCUCCCCGAAAGCUUUACUCAGAUGAGGAGCCUUAUUUCAAUUAAUGGCUCAAGUGAGCAGUCGUCAACAGAGGACCUCCCACUAUUCAUCAAGAAGAAUUUAACUGGCAAAGUCUUGCAGUACAACCAAGUCAGCAGCUUCCCACCGUCGCUGAUCCUCUCUAGCAACUUGUUGGUUGGGCCAGUCUUGCCGGGAUUUGGUCAUCUUGUGAAGCUUCUUGUGCUGGACUUAAGCUGGAACAGCUUCUCUGGGCCAAUUCCUCAUGAGUUGUCAGGCAUGUGUAGCUUGGAAGUGCUGAAUUUGGCCGACAAUGAUCUCAAUGGGAGCAUACCAUCAUCACUAACAAAGCUGAAUUUUCUCUCCAAGUUUGAUGUGUCGUACAACAAUUUGGCUGGUGAUAUCCCCACAGGAGGUCAAUUCUCCACUUUUUCAAAUGACGAUUUUGUGGGGAAUUCUGCCCUCUGCCUUCUUCGGAAUUCCUCCUGCUAUGAGGUGUUGCUAUCAAUUAAUGAACAACGUCAUGACACAGAUACUGCAAAGCAGGUCAUGUACAUCAUGGUGGAAGUAGGAUUUGCUUCUGGGCUUCUGAUGUUCUUGAGUACACUGUUUUUUGCGAGGACUUGGAGAGCUGCGUAUAUUCAGAUGAUUGAUAGGCUCUUUGAUACGCUGUGUGUCUUGACAACGGUGAAAGUGAACAGCCUCAGAAUAAAAGGGGGGAAUGAAGUUCAUCCUUGAAGAAUGUCCCGUGCUGCUCUUCUCAGUCUCAAGGUUGGCGCUUGUGUGCAAAUGUUUCACCGCACUAUCUAGAAUUGCUUGAUUCCUACUCAAGAUGGGUUAGCUCUUAGCUGAAAAGAUUAGGCAGAUGUUGUCCGGCGGUUAUUAGAACUACCUUCAGCAUCAUGAUGCCUUUAGUGUUACUCAUGAUACCUUGAUAGUUUUAGAAAUACAAAAUUAGUAACUGUUCAUGACAGUAAAUACUUUAUAUAUCAUCUGUCUAUUCACAUGGGAAGAAUUAAUAAAGUAUUUAUCGUUUAUAUAUCA